AUGAACCCUGAGCCAGCGUCUCCCAAGAGGCGGCACAUUCUUUCAUCCAUCAACCCGCAGCAGUCGCCAGAGAGGCCGCAGCGAGAGGCGACGGGGACACAGCAAGAUGACGUCAAGCCAGCAGCCUCUGUUGACGACGGCGACGAUGCAAACGCGGAGGGCACGACAAAGCCGCGACGGUCGCGACUAAGGCUCAAGGGCGAGAGGAAGAAGCGCCAGCGCUCCCCGACGCCGCCUAAUCCGUAUGAUGCUCCGCCUCUCGAUCCGGAUGCCGCGUUUCGCGAAUCGCUCUUUGACGCCAUGGCCGACGACGAGGGCGCCGCGUACUGGGAGGGCGUCUACGGCCAGCCCAUCCACGUCUAUUCCGACGAAAAGGUCGGACCGAUGGGCGAGCUCGAGAAGAUGACGGACGAAGAGUACGCGGCCUAUGUGCGGCAAAAGAUGUGGGAGAAGACCAACGCCGGGCUGCUGGAGGAGAGGGCUCGGCGCGAGGAAGAGCGCAAGAGGCGCAAGGAAGAGGAGCAGCAGAGGAGGAAGGAAGAGCGAAAGAGCCGCAAGCUGCAGGAUGAGAUGGAGGCCAGCCUACGCAGGGCGGAAGAGCGACGGGGGGCACGACGCUGGGUCGACGCAUGGGACGCGUACACGAAGGCGUGGGCUGCCUGGGACGGCGCCUUGGAAGGGCUCGCCUGGCCGGUGCUGAGCGGGCUGCGUAAGGAUGUCGGUGAAGAGGCCGUCCGGGAGUUUUUCGUGCGCGGCAUUGGCUUGGAGGAGGUCGGGGAGCAGCAGUUUGCUGCCAAGCUGAAGGAAGAGCGCGUGCGUUGGCAUCCUGACAAGAUACAGCAGAGGCUCGGCGGGCAGGGCGGCAGCGAUGUCCUAAAAGAUGUGACGGCCAUUUUUCAAAUCGUGGACAAGCUUUGGGGGCAGAUGAGAAAGAAGACUUGA